AAGAGGAAAAGGAGCGCGGGCCGGGUGUGUGCGCGCGCGCGCGCGCGCGCCUCCUUAGAACUCUGUCGCACCCGUCCCACUCUUUCCCCCCUCCUCCCUCCCCCACCUCCCGCUCGCGCUUGGGACAGGGAGACGUGGUGCGCGCGCUUGGCGGUCUGAGGGAAAGUGGCGAAGGCGGAGGGCGGCGAUGGAUCCUGACCGAGAAGGAGUCGCCCGGGGACGGCGGCGUUGGUGGCUCCUCCGGCGGCUGUGAAGGGGGCGGCGGAGGGGAAAGGGGGAUGCUGUCCCGGAAGAAAACGCGCGCCGACCUCUCCAAACCGGGCGAGGUGCAGGGCAAGUACGUGAUCAAGGAGACCAGCCCGUUGCUCCGCAAUCUGAUGCCUUCAUUCAUCCGUCAUGGUCCAACUAUUCCAAGGCGAACGGAUAUCUGUCUUCCAGAUCCAGUGCCUUCUGCCUAUUCAGCAGGUGGGGACGGAGCCCUUUCCAGACAUCAGAGCUUUCUAAGGACUCCAGUGCAGAGGCCUCCUCAUGAAAUAGUACGGCGGGAAAGCAACAGACUAUCUGCCCCUUCCUACCUUGCCAGGAGUUUAGCUGAGGUCCCUCGAGAAUAUGGCUUAUCUUCACAGUCCUUUUUAACAGAGGCCAAUUCGGUUACUGAAAAUGGAGAUGCUGGAUCCCGUUACUAUUUUGGUCACUUUUAUAAUGAUCAGAGACGACAUCAACUGGGGGAUCAUGUUCAGGAAGAAUAUAGAUAUUAUGAACAUAAUACUGACCUCAUCCAAAGGAUGUCACAAAAUCAGGGAAGACACAGUUCAGGCAUUGGAAGGGUUGCUGCAACAUCAUUAGGAAAUUUAACAAAUCACAGUUCAGAAGAUUUACCUCUCCCUCCUGGUUGGUCAGUAGAUUGGACUCUUAGAGGAAGAAAGUACUACAUAGACCACAAUACUAACACAACACAUUGGAGCCAUCCAUUUGAGCGAGAAGGGCUGCCUCCAGGAUGGGACCGUGUUGAAUCAGCUGAAUUUGGAGUGUAUUAUGUUGACCACAUUAAUAAAAGAGCACAAUAUAAACAUCCUUGUGCUCCCAGCGUUCCCCGUUAUGACCAACCACCUCCUGUGACAUAUCAACCACAGCCAGCUGACAGAAGUCAGCCUAUCCUUGUACCUGCCAAUCCAUAUCACACUGCAGAGAUUCCAGACUGGCUGCAAGUCUACGCUAGGGCUCCUGUGAAAUACGAUCACAUACUGAAAUGGGAACUCUUCCAGUUGGCUGACCUGGAUACCUAUCAGGGAAUGCUGAAACUGCUUUUCAUGAAGGAACUGGAGCGGAUUGUGAAGUUGUAUGAAGCAUAUCGCCAUGCCCUCCUCAUGGAAUUGGAGAAUCGCAAGCAAAGGCAGCAGUGGUAUGCGCAGCAGCACAGCAAAAAUUUCUAAACUCCUUUUUUGCUAUGGACGUUGAUGAAGGUUAUUAGAACUCUAAAGGACUUCUUGCUCUCCUUAAAAAAAUUGUGAAUGAAUGCUUUGGUUAAAAAAGCAGCUUCUCCAUGGAUCUUGCACCUUUUAUAAUUAACUUCUUUGUGCAUCAUGGCUUUUGAAUACGAAAUGUUUGUUGUAUAAAAAGCUAGUUUCCUAUUCUUAAAGCCACUAUUGAGGAAAAAAGCAAGAACUUUGUGAUUAUUUUGUCCUUCAUGUUUUUCUAGCAAAUAGUUCUACUUUGAAGAAGCAAAAUUUCCUUUUUCAAAUGGGAAAUGUCAUUGCACGUUUUUCUUGAAAGUAGGCACAUUUUUAAGAAAUCUUCAUUCCUAUUGCACAAUUGGUGAUUUCACAGGUGGUCUUGUAUCAGGAGGAUAAAGAGAUUCUUCUGCUGCAGCAAAUGAACUGUAAAGUUUAUAGCUUUCAUACACAAGGUAACCAUAUAGGGGUUUUUCCAGCGGUUGCCUUGCAGAAUAAUAGUUUUCUGUUUGAACCAAGCACUUAAUAAAUUACUGCCUUAUUUUGUUCAACUUUGUUCUGAUUUGCUACUGGGCAUUUGAGGAAAUGCCAUACGUAGGCUGGCGGAAGCAGUUUGUAGCUUUGGAAGUAUUCUAGGCAAAUAAGGACUGAACCAGCAUUCAAGUAACUGUAAACAUGAUGUUGGAGGACUGAGUUCUCUUGACCAUAUGCAGUAAAUUUUAUCAUAAUUAGAGUAGCAGUGAACAGUUUUUUAAAACCUUUAUUUGGUGGCAAAGUAGUUUUACAUUCACAACUUCAGAAAUUGAUUUUCAUCUGUUUUCAUUCUGAAUUGUUGCUUAUGACUCAUCUGUGACAUCUUUUUUUGUAAAAUAAAUGUUUUUGUUUAAAAUUU